CGAGCCAGAAGCUUACUAAACUGUCUUCAGCUUUUCUAGCUGAGAGGAACUUCGGGUGUGGCGUGGCAGCCCCGAAAAUAUCGAAAUAAAUCACAACGAGUUGAAAUAAAUUGGCUUCCUAACGGUACACGCUGGAACGGUUGAAUACUGGGGAACUGAACGGGACACCAAAACCCCAAGAAUUCAGCCACAGGGUCGUGGAGAUAUUUUUCUUGCGGUUUGACAUCUGAUUUCAACCAGUCGAGUCGAGUCCUCCACACCGAACUUCGGUGGCCCAUUUUGUUGCUGUACCUGCUGCACGCAAGAGGCGCCCUGAAGCGUGCACUCGGAACCAUGGGCUGUACUGUCAGUCAGGAGGACAAGGCAGCCGCCGAAAGAUCCAAAAUCAUUGACAAAAGUCUUCGAGAGGAUGGAGACAAGGCAGCUAAGGAAGUGAAACUGCUGCUUUUGGGUGCUGGAGAGUCGGGGAAGAGCACCAUCGUCAAGCAGAUGAAGAUCAUCCAUGAGGAUGGCUACUCGGAGGAAGAGUGUAAGCAGUACAGAGCUGUGGUCUACAGCAACACCAUCCAGUCCAUCAUGGCCAUCAUCAAGGCCAUGGGCAGCCUCAAGAUCGACUACGGUGAUGCUUCCAGAGCCGACGACGCACGUCAGCUCUUUGCCCUGUCCGCGGCUGCUGAGGAGCAGGGCCUGCUGCCAGAGGACCUGUCCAGCACCAUCCGCCGCCUCUGGUCCGACAACGGCGUGCAGAACUGCUUCACCCGCGCACGCGAGUACCAGCUCAACGACUCUGCUGCCUAUUACCUGAACGACUUGGAGAGGAUAGCCAAGGCGGACUACAUCCCCACACAGCAGGAUGUCCUGCGCACCAGAGUGAAGACCACUGGCAUAGUGGAAACCCACUUUACCUUCAAGGACCUGCAUUUCAAGAUGUUUGAUGUGGGCGGCCAGCGGUCAGAGAGAAAGAAGUGGAUCCACUGCUUCGAGGGCGUGACCGCCAUCAUCUUCUGCGUGGCCAUGAGUGCCUACGAUCUGGUGCUGGCCGAGGACGAGGAGAUGAACCGCAUGCAUGAAAGCAUGAAGCUCUUUGACAGCAUCUGCAACAACAAGUGGUUCACAGAGACCUCCAUCAUCCUCUUCCUCAACAAGAAGGACCUGUUUGAGGACAAGAUCAAGAGCAGCCCCCUCUCCAUCUGCUUCCCCGAGUACAGCGGGCCCGACAAAUAUGACGAGGCAUCAGAGUACAUCCGGACAAAGUUCGAGGACCUCAACAAGAAGAAGGAUACUAAAGAGAUCUACUCCCACUUCACCUGUGCCACGGACACCAAGAACGUGCAGUUUGUCUUUGAUGCCGUCACCGACGUCAUCAUCAAGAACAACCUGAAGGACUGCGGUCUCUUCUAAAGCAAGCCUGCUGGGGGAGGAGCCAAGAUUACUUGAACAGCUCUGAUGACCAGGGGGGUUAGAAGGGAGGGAUGGGGGGGAUCGUCUCGACCAACUGCACUGGCCAACCCUGAUUCCUGCUUCAUUUCUGCUCUUUCUAAAGACAACAUGAGAGACUGCGCCGCGGCGAGGGCUGGAAAGGGCAGCAUCCUCAGCUGCCUUGCCCUCUCCUUCUCUCUCUUGCUCCAGACCUGCCCCGGCUCAUGGAUAAUAUUUAAGUUUCAAAACAAAAACAGAGUUGGUUCCAUAUUUCUCGUAUUAACUCCCUGGGCUUUGACCACAAAUCAACAAUUGUGUUUUUUUGUUUGUUUAUUUGUUUGUUUUGCCUGUGGUUUUCGUUGUUGAUUAUUAGAGAGGCAACAUAAACCUUUUUUUAUAUAUAUAAAUAUAUUCAUUUUACUUUAGAAAAUCUGAUGUGCAAAUUUUAUUAAACUUUUAAUUGCGUAAAGCUUAUUUUUUAAAAAAAGGAGCGCCGGCAUGGAUAGGGAGAAUGAUUGAAAAAGGAAAGUGCUUUUUUUUAUAAUGUUUACAUGAAGUCCGCAUUCGUAGCCAAGCUGCAUAUUGUUCUGCAUGACUGAUAGCCAAUGUAUUAGCUGAAUAACCUGCACAAAAAAGCAUAACAUUCCUUUGACAAAAAAUAAAAAUUUGAAAAAAGAAAAUACUAAAAAAGAGAAAAAUUAAAACACAAAAAAAUGCUUCGCGCCAGGGAAAAUGUGCUACAUUUUUAACAGACAUUUAAAGUAUGACCCGGAAGUAUCUAACAAUCUAUUGUUUUUUGUUUUUAUUUUAUAUUAUUAUUAUAAUUAUUGUUGUCCCAUUCCACAACCUUUGCAUUAUGUUUGUGCCUUGAGUUUACAAUGGACUCGUAGAGGUGAUCUCAUCAGUGCUGUUUGACCUACUGUUCUUCUGUACUUUCGCUCCUCUUGUUCUGCACAUGUGUAAGGAUAAAUAGUGAUUUAACGAGACACAUUCUAAUUGAGAAAAAAGGGUAGUUUUUUUUGGUAAUGACUCAUUUCAAAAUGCUUUGAAAGUCCUAUAUAAUGAUUUAAUUUAAAUAAAAGUCCUUCCA